AUGGGAUCCAGUGCUGGUGCUAAGCAAUCACCUCCACCUGCACCAUCGAAAGGUGGUGGUGACGGGGAAUCGCCGGCGGCUGAAGCGCCUACUGUUGACUCGAGGCUACCGUAUCCGAAUUUUCGUGAACUGUUCACGUUGAAGAAUUAUUGGAAAACGAUACGACGUAACGAUAAGGAUUGCGGGAAGAUUUUGCUUGCCAAGUAUCUAAAUCAGCAUCCCGAGAGCACCAGCCUAUACCCGAAGUUAAAGAAUAUCGAUGGAGCUACGGUGGAUGUUUCAUGCAAUAAUCCGGGAUUUGAAACUGUUGCUGCUAAUUACCUAAAGGUAUUUGAUGACGUAAUAAGUGCUGUGGAGGAGAAACCUGGUGAUGUACAACCGGCUUGUGAUCGGUUAAUAGCCGUUGGGAAGAUGCACAGAACAAAGGUAUCCGACAUGCAAAAUAGUGCGUUUCAAGAUAUGGAAGAACCGUUUCUCAACAUGGUUAAAGAGGCGUUGCAAGACCGUUUCAAUGAAAAAGCUGAAGGACUUUAUCGGAAAUUUUUUCAAUUUUGCCUAAAAUAUUUAUCGUCUGUUCAGAUGACAUCAAAUCCACAACCGACUUCAUCCGUCCCAAAAGCUGAGAAUAAGAAAGACGAAAGUCCGAAAAAUCUGCUUGCUUCAAAUGCUGCAAUAAAGAAAGAUGAAAACCCCAUGAUCUUGUCAGCUCCAAAAUCUCAAAAUAAGAAGGAUGAAAAUCCAGACGUCUUGUCCAAUCUAAAAGAGGAAGAGGAGAAAGAAGAAAGGAAGUCAAGAGGCGAAAAAUCGAGAUUGUCAUGUAAGAGGAAGAAAGUAAAAGGACGAAGAAAGUCGCUGAAGGAUCAGUCUCAAGAAGUUCCGAGAAGUCCAAAGGAGGAAAAGCAGAAAAAACGAAAGAAGUCAAGAGGUAAAAAAUCGAAAUUGUCAUGUAAAAGGAAGAAAGAAAACGGACAGAGGAAGCCGCUGAAGGAUCAGUGUCAAGUUUUUGCACUCGAUGAUGUACCAACACCUUCACGAACGCCAAGAUCCAGCCUCUCCUUAACAGUAUCGCAGAGAUUGGAAGCGAUCGAGGCGGCUGAGAGAGACAUCGAGAAGGAAAUGCAGGAAAUCGUCAAGGAGAAGCAAAAGAUUUGGCAAUUCUGGCGCAAUACGAAGACACAACCGCUUUCCCGAUAUCUCCUUACAUUACCACCUCUAAACUCUUCACUUUUGUUGGUUCUUCUCUGCUGUGCUAUAAAAAUCAUUUUUUGUCUCUACAUUCUCAGUAUGUUGCUCCAUUCCUAUGAUUCUCCUCUAAUGUAUUUGUUGUGUUUUAUUGUUAUACAUAUUGGAUCAACAUUUGCAACUGUCGAACUACUUAUAAUGCGCACAAAAAAAGUUUUAUGGCUCUGUGCAUUAGUUGACGCGACUGUUAUUCUAAUUGUACUGGUACUUUUGGCUAUUAUAUCCACUACUAAAGAAGGUGAAGGUAUCGUUCCGGUUGAAAGAGUGGCAGGAGUCUCCAUUGUUAUCGGGUUUCUUGAACUACUAUGUCUUGUGCACUACUACCACAUACAGUAUACUAUUCCAGCCGCUAAAAAAUCAAUCAAGAAAGUUCGACGUGAAGUUGAGUUACCGUGUACUUGCCGUAUAGAACAGUCGGAAGAUGUUAAUAGUAGUACAAAAAGAUCAACUCGAAGUCGAAGAAGUCAAAAAAGCCGGAAACGGUCCAGAAGUUCGAGACGUAGACAUUCAGUUGAGUUGGAGAGACCUACCCGCUACGAACCAUGUUACUGUUCAUGUGAGCGUGAGAGACGAGUCAGGGAAAUACCAAUAAGAAAAGUGUCCCAUGAGGGUCCCCAUGAAUAUAGAGAGGUGCCAAGAGGAUACACAAGAUGCGAAUAUUCAUGCUCCUGUUCAUCGCCUCCUAUGCGUUAUGUGAGAAAUCCAUACACAGGAGAAAUUCGCAGACUUUCACAUUCGUCCUUGUAA